GUCAUCGUCAACAUUUUUCAUUUGUCCCAAAUCCAAACAUCAAAAUUCUUGGAACAAAAAAGAUCCCAAAAUCGAAGUUCAGUUUUAUAGGGUUUCUCUUUAAAAAACAAUGGUUGGCCAUGAAGCUGUGGAGGUUGCCAAGACGGUUCUCGAAGUCGCCGACGUCGCUUGGACCGCCAUGGAAUGUUGCCACCACCUCCACCACCGUCACAACCCCGAUGAUGAUUCUCCUGAAAAUCAUGACGCUUUCAAGCUCGAAAAAGAAUUGGAAAGCCUAAAAUCCGAAAAUCAACGUCUCAGGAAUCUUCUGGAACAGAACCUCAAACUCCUCAACAAUCUCUCUGAAUCUCCUGCUUAUUUAAACGAUUGUCCUCCUGACCUCUAUGCUCGGUUGGUAUCUACCGUGGAAUCUAAAGACUUUUUGCUCCGACUCAAAUCUCUUAACGGAUCCAAUACUAAAAUCGAGUUUCCAUUCAAGGAAGCUACAGGGGAUGAUAAGCAUUCUGCUGAAAUUCUGAUUAAUGUUAACCAAAAUGAACCAAGUUGGUGGGUAUGGGUAACUGAUGAAAUGGUUCCGAGCAAUGUUGAAGAGUGUAGUGGAAUCGAUGAUGAGACUUAUACUGUUAUUAAUGAGGAGCAUGUUGUGGAUGCGGUUGCUAACUUUAUGGCCAAAUGCAUUUUGUCCAAUCCUAAAGCUCAGGCUUUGACACCAGAAGAACUGCAGAAAACUCUGCUUAAAUCAUUGGGAGGCGUCAGCAAAUUGGAGAAAGUUUUGGGCAUUUGGCAUGCUGGAAAGUUGUUCUAUGCGUUGUCAACCUGGGGACUUGCACUGGUUGGGUUAUAUAGAGCCCGUAGUGUGGUAAAAGUUGCUGCAAUGGGCAUCCACACGACCAGCAAAGUUGUAAUGAGGGCUCUAUGAAUUUAUUGCUCCAAUAUCAGAUAAAAAGAAAAGGUCUGUUUGAACUGUAUUAUUCUUUCAAUUCUCGGUUGGUUUGUUUAAAAUCCUUCUUGUUGCUGUAAAAUGUACAUGUUGUAAAUAUAUUUGAAAUACUCUUUUAAUGAAUCAAUUGUAUUGCUUCAGAA